AUGGCACACAUUUUUGAACUUGCCGAAACGCUCUCCCUCUCCCCCAACUACUCCAAUGGCAUGAAAUCAAGCUCCCAGCUCAAGUUUCCCGCCACUGAAGUAUUCCACGGUUUCAACAGGCCUUCGCGCAUUGAAGGUGAUGUCCAGAAUCUCGAAGUAACGGGCCAAAUCCCAACAGACAUAGAUGGAACAUUCUUCCGCGUCCAACCAGACCACCGUUUCCCUCCGGUUUACGAUUCAGACAUCCAUUUCAACGGCGACGGCAAUGUCACAGCUAUCCGCAUUGCGAAUGGGAGCGCCCACUUCAAGCAGCGAUAUGUCCACACGGACCGGUAUGAUGCGGAGAGUAAAGCCGGAAAAGCGCUUUUUGGCAAGUAUCGCAAUCCGUACACGGACAAUGAGGCGGUCAAAGGCGUAAUUCGCACCGCGGCGAACACAAAUAUCUUUUUCUGGAGAGGAAUGUUGCUUGCGACAAAGGAAGAUGGACCACCGUAUGCGAUGGAUCCAGACACUUUAGAGACGAUUGGACGGUAUGAUUUUGAGGGUCAGAUACUAAGUCCCACAUUCACGGCACACCCGAAAUUUGACCCGAGGACAGGGGAAAUGGUGUGUUACGGAUAUGAAGCUGGUGGUGACGGCAAUGAUGGCUCUUCCGACAUAGUGGUAUACUCCAUCAAUGCCGAAGGAGUCAAGACAGAGGAAUGCUGGUAUAAGGCACCGUUCUGUGGCAUAAUUCAUGACUGUGGGAUAAGUGAUAACUGGGUUGUUCUUCCAAUGACACCGCUUAAAUGCGACCCGGAGCGUCUAAAGAAAGGAGAGAACCACUGGGCCUGGGAUCCAAACGAAGACCAGUGGUAUGGGCUUGUGCCACGCCGAGGGGGAAAGCCAGAAGACAUUAAAUGGUACCGUUCAAAGAAUGCUUUCCAAGGCCACACCGUAAGCUGCUACGAAACUCCCGAUGGUAAAGUCGUAUUUGACCUUACUAUCGCGGACGGCAACGUCUUCUUCUUCUGGCCUCCGAUCGACACCCCUGCAGGAACGGUCGCGAAGAGGAACAAGCUGCAAAACAAGACAACCCGUUGGAUAUUCGAUCCCAACACGCCCACCAACUCCUGGGUGGAUCCUGCCGAAGAAUUUGAUACAUACUCCGGCGAAUUUUCACGCAUCGAUGACCGCUUCACAACAAUGAAAUACAAUCAUUACUGGCAGGCAGUCAUUGACGGGACUAAGCCCUACGAUUUCGCGAAAUGUGGGAGCCCGGCGGGUGGGCUAUUCAAUAGUCUAGGCCACUUCACAUGGGACAGCUCGGCUCGCGAGACGUUUUGGGCAGGACCAUGCGCAACAUUCCAGGAGCCGGCUUUCAUCCCGCGGGCGGGGAGCACGCAGGAAGGGGAUGGGUAUAUUAUCGCUCUGCUGAACCAUCUUGAUGUGCUGCGCAAUGAUGUGUGUAUAUUCGAUGCGCAAAACAUUUCACAGGGCCCGGUUGCAGUCAUCCAUUUACCGUUCAAGCUCAGGUUAGGUCUUCAUGGGAACUUUGUGGAGCAGGGUGAGAUUGAGGCGUGGAAGCAGAAGAGAGAGCGGGAGUUGGGACCAGUGAAAGCUGCAAGUGCGCCGCUGCCGUGGCAGCAGAAGGCGACAUCUGCGGGUGAAGUGUAA